CAGUUGUUGAACCGGAAAAACAUUGAUAAUGUUGAAAAAAGUAUUCUGCAUGCGUCUCCAUACGGCCGGAAGGGUCAUUGGCUGGCUUGGGAUUAUUGGAUCAAUAAUGGCUUAUAUCGAGGUGAUUGUCUUAAUGCGUAAAAUUGAUAUAAUGGGAACAAAUCUCACUGGUGGCCAAUUAAGAACAGAGACCAACAAAUACAUCAUAGAUAAUGACGCUGAUUGCAUACUUUUGGCUAUCAACUCCGUCUAUCUUGUUUGCUCGAUUCUUCUCAUAGUGGGCACUAGGAAGAAUCGUCAUAAGUUAUUACUACCAUGGAUAAUCAUCUGGGGAAUUACCUUAGCACUUGCUAUUUUUAUAAGCAUAUUUCGACUAUGUGUAGUCUUAUCGGAGAGUGAUUUUGAGUCUGUAACUCUGAUAGGUUCUAUUCCAUUUACAGCCCUAGCCAUCUACGUACACUAUGGAAUAAUCUCGCUCUACAAACAUAUUCAGACUAAUAGGGGCGAAGAGGGCUUCUGGCAGGCAUAAAAAGAGGUCAUCCCAGAGUCACAAUAAAACAAAUAUUGAAAUUAAGGAAA